CUAAAGGAGGCCUACGAGCUUUCUACGUUGACGGGUACUCAAGUCCUGCUGCUGGUGGCCAGUGAGACGGGCCAUGUGUACACGUUUGCUACACGGAAACUGCAGCCCAUGAUCACCAGUGAGACGGGGAAGGCGUUGAUUCAAACGUGCCUCAACUCCCCAGACUCGCCCCCACGCUCAGACCCGACCACUGACCAGCGCAUGAGCGCCACGGGCUUUGAGGAGACGGACCUCACCUACCAGGUGUCUGAGUCGGACAGCAGUGGGGAGACCAAGGACGCACUGAAACCAGCGUUCACUGUCACCAACCUGCCGGGGACAACGUCCACCAUCCAGACAGCCCCCACCACCUCGACCUCCAUGCAGGUCAGCAGUGGCCCGUCAUUCCCCAUCACUAAUUACCUGGCGCCAGUGUCUGCCAGCAUCAGCCCCAAUGCAGUCACCAGUGCCAACGGGACAGUGCUGAAGACUACUGGAGCCAGUGCAGUGACAUCUGGGGGCCUCAUGCCGAUACCCACCGGCUUCACCCUCAUGUCAGGUGGUACCAUGGCUCAGCAGGUCCCAGUCCAGGCGAUCCAGGUGCACCAGGCACCGCAGCAAACGUCUCCCUCUAGUGACAGCAGCACUGACCUUACCCAGACCUCUUCUAGCGGAACAGUGACCCUCCCGGCGACCAUCAUGACAUCGUCUGUGCCAACCACUGUGGGUGGCCACAUGAUGUACCCCAGCCCACAUGCGGUGAUGUACGCGCCCACAUCUGGCCUUGCGGAUGGUGGACUUGCAGUCCUCAACGCUUUCUCACAGGCGCCCUCAGCGAUGCAGGUGUCCCACGGCCAGGUCCAGGAUCAGGGUGGCGUCCCCCAAGUGUUCCUGACAGCCCCAUCAGGCACUGUUCAGAUCCCAGUCUCAGCUGUCCAGCUUCACCAGAUGGCAGUCAUCGGGCAGCAGAGCAGCAGUGGCAGCAGCCUGACGGAGCUGCAGGUGGUCAACUUGGACACCUCACACAGCGCCAAGAGUGACUGAGAGGCCUCUGCUGCCGGCCUUGUGCUGUCCCUGGCUUGUCAUGCCAGUGCCGGGUCUGGCAGCAAUUCCUUCUCGUACAGACUGCACCAGUUAUUUAUUGUUGCCUUUUCACGUUUCCUUCAUCCACACAUGCACACACACACACACGCACCCACACACACAUACACACAGGCACGCGUGUGGGGCUGCAGGACCCACCUGGGCUGUAGCUGUGCUGGGGCCAUGCAGGGCUUGGGGGUGUUUGGAUGCCGCAGUAGCUGUGCUUGUCUCACGCCAGCCAAAGAAACUUGCCUCUUGAGGGGAGGAUUGCUCUGUGCUGUAAAUAAAAUACUGUGGGCCAUUCCCAGCUGGAGGCUCUGGCUCCCUUCUGGGUGCUCUGAGUCACCUUGCCCAUGAGUAUUUGCUCUGCGUGGGGCUCAGUGCAGACCCAGAGCUGUCCUGUGGGCACAGUUCGGAGCGGAGUGGGCCGAGGCUGUGCUCCUGGCCUCAGCAAUGUGCCUUUGUGGGGGUGACAGGUCCUGGCCACAGCAACUCACCCUGGGCUCUGGACAGGGGAGAGUGGCCAGCUUGCAUGUGCAUCUCUGGUCGGGCCUGUGCACCCUCCCUCUGGAGGGCAUGGCACAGCCUGUGGCACGCGGCCCCGUCCUCCCUGUAUGCACUAUGGUGAGCCCUCUGCCCUCAGUGCCUCCUCACUGGGCUGCCUGGCAGGUUUGCAGCCUGCCUGGCUCUGCCCUGGUGGCUGCCCUCGCACAGCUGAGGUGGUUGGUGGAUGCCCAGGAGCACAACGAUGCCCUGGAGGCCCCUGUGGCUGGCCCAGCGCCACACUCUCCUCUCAGCCCUCGCACCGCUUGUGGACUCCGUACAC